UUUCUACCCCCUACCAAAAACCAAAACGCUGUCGUUUUCAGAUCUUCAAAAAAUCGAUAUCCCGCCAUGGCGAAGAUAGUGACGCUUUCUUCCUCAAAUCGACAAAAAUUUUGAAUUCAGACAGCGCCUCGAUUCUUGACAAAAUUCCAACCCUGAUUAUUCCCUUUCGCCGCAAGAAUCACGCGAAAUGGCUUCAAUCCGCUCUGCAACUCGCUACACCAACAGCUUGAACAGCUCCACCAAAUCCGAUCCCUCCUCAUCCACAGAGCUUCCGCUGUCCUGCACCGCCCUCACCAAAAAAACCACCGCCGGCGGCGGCGGCCAGAUGAACCUGGGUUCGAUGGUGAAGAAAUUAGUGGAGACCAAGAAGGCAAGAAAUCUCGACAAGGCCCCAAAGUUUAUAAUUGCCAGCGACGCCCUAGCGGCGGAUUUGAAGAAGCCUGCGAAAAAGAGCAGCGGAUUGAGCGGGCUUCACAAGAAGCUGUUCAAAGGCUCGUCGGGGUCGUCGUCGUCGUUGGCGGCGGGGAAAUCGGGAAAUGAAAACUCUAAGAAAGCACUGACUGAGGUUAAAGGAAAUGCAAGGACUCUGGCUAUGGUGUUGAAGAGCGAAAGGGAGUUAUUGAAUCUGACUAAACAGCAGGAAGAAGAGAUUGCCGAGCUCAAUCUUUUGAUUCAGGAGAAGAACAACGAGGUUGAGAAAUUGAAAGAUUUGUGCUUGAAGCAAAGGGAGGAGAUAAAGUCGUUAAAGAACGCAGUUUUAUUUCCAGAUUCGGUGAAUUCAGAGCUCAAUGGUGUUUUAGAGAAGCAGAGUUCUGAGCUGAAGCAAGCUAAAAAUCUCAUUCCAAGUCUUCAGAGGCAGGUCACUUCUCUAACAGGCCAGCUGCAAUCUCUUGCACAGGAUCUUGCAGAGGUGAAGAUGGAGAAAUGUCUCGGACAAGGAUACCUCAGCCCUUCGAUGCCGGGUUGGAAUGAUCAACAAGAGUCGGCUAAUUCUCUGUUCGAUCAGGGAUUCAGCUCGGGGGAUUUUACGACGACUCCAGAUAGCCCAGAUGACAUGUUCCUUAAAGAUUUGAACCCCUGCCUUACCCCUCGUUCGAAAACAAGGUCCAAGGAAUUUGAUGUCUACGGUACCCCCGAUGAACCUGCUUACAGUUCUUGUGCUAAUAAUAAGCUGUCCAAAAGCUCAGAAUCGUGCCAGUCUUCGAACCCGGGAAUGAGUUCAAUCCGCCCCAUCCGCUGGUCUGAUGGAAGCAGCCGUGCUCGGGGAAAAAUUACGCGUAAUAAGUUUCUGUAGAUAUUAAGCUCCUACGUUGCUGCUGUUGCAACCUCUCGAUUUUUCCGAGUUCUUGAAUUUCUGCACUGUCCGGGCGAUGUUUAUUUUGUAUUCACCUGUCUUUUUUACAGCGUGGUUCGAAGCUUAAAGAACGCGAUCUUUCGAUUAUAUAUCCAUAAAUACAUAUGUGGAACAAUCUAUUGUUUAUGGCCUCAA